GCUCAUCUGUCUGGGCUGUGGGGUCGGAUCGUCCUCUUCCCUCCUCCUCGCCUCGCCUCUCCUCUCCUCUCUCUUCGCUCUUUAUCUCUCUGAAUAGACCGUCGGCAUGGGGGCCUUCAACCUCGGCAGCAAGAAAAAGUCGGAGCAAGUCCGCCAGGAGCGUCGUCAGCGCACCCGUGUCAUGAAGCGCCAACAGCAGGCUGCCAAGGCCAAGGCCGAGCCGAACGAUGCAACGCUGGCCCAGCAAAACCGCAGCAACCCCAAAAGCCACGCGCGCACUUCCAACAAGCGUGCGCGCAAAAUGAAGACCCGCACCAUCAACGAGCUGCGCGCUCAUGGUGCCGAGGUUAUCCGUGAAGACAAGGACAAGGGUGCCAUCGUCAUGGCUCGCAAUACUCGUGACCAACGCAUCGUGUGGGCUGAGACUAUCCGCGCCAUCGAUGAGCGCCAACCUUUUGCCCGCCCCGGUGGCACCACCCUGGGAGCUCCCACCACAUUCACAUCGGCCUGAACUAUAUUGAGCUUCAAGCACUCCCAAAAUGUCAACCCAUAAGCCAAGGCGCAACAUUCAUUUGCCGCACAUGGUGCAAUCGGUUGGACCAAGAGUCCCAACCAUGCAAGGGAGAUAAAAGUGUGUUUUGUUGUUAUGGAUCGAGAUCUCAUGAGAGCCGUGCUCUGCUUGUCUCCAUCUCUGCUCCUCCAUCGUCUUUGAAUCUUUUCGUUCUCUACUCUUUUAAACCCCGUCUCGCUUCGCUCAAAAGCUCUAUUUCUCGUCUCUGCUGGACCGAGGCCAUGGGGGCCUGUUGCCAGCUGACACUUGGUGAGACCAAAAUGUGCUGUCGUGCCCGCGCGGUUUGUUUUGUCAAUCAUAGCAUACGUGAAUUUACAAAGGUGUCUUUCAAACCACCAUCACGGCGGCGUUUCACAAACAAGUCUUCCGUUCAUACACACGCACGCACACAAGUUGAACGAUGAAACAU